CAUACCAAUUUGCGUGUCAUUCUAACUCGAAUAUGUAGUAAAUAUAAGUAAGCAAGUCGCUCACGGCGACGACGAAACAACGCUCCACCACCGCAUGGAAACGUCGACUGCGAACCAACGAAGUGCUAGCAGCAGUACUGAUCGCACUAAUCGGAACCGCCGUACUCAUAGAAGACGUGCCGUCGCGAACGAACGACCCGCGGAUGACCCAACUACUUCACAAGGCACCAGUUCACCAUCUGCCGCGUCCGCAAGACCACCUCGCGAACGUCCGGCGUCGGAACGUGAUACGAGGCAGGAAGUAGCCCAAAAUGCCGAAAAUCGGGGACCGAUAAGACGAAAACCAUACCGGAAGAAAGCUGGCGGGAAUUGUACUGACCCACAAAGCGAUCAGCCGUCCACUGCCAUCGAUGCCAGCACCGCCGAGGCUGAUUUAGAAGCCCAUAGCGAGCCCUCACAGUCACGCAGUCAACCCCGAUCUCAUCGCAGAGCGUUCAACGCCAAGUUGACGCAACCUACGGAGACACAGGCUGCCCCAGAGACGUCAUCAGGGUCAAAGCAGAGAACUCGAAAACCACAGGGCUCCCCAGCAGGCUCCGAUCUCACGUCGACCCUCACGCGUGCCCUACGCACACCACCAUACCCCGACUGUCUCAUUUGUUUUGGUCCCGUAAGACCAGAACACCCUACCUGGUCUUGUGCGCCCCCAAAGCGAUCACUCCACGUCGGUCUAGAACUCGAUGAUCCCGACAAGGAACGCUCGCAAUGUUGUUGGACGACAUUUCAUCUAAAGUGCAUUCGGACGUGGGCAGAUAAGAGCGUAAAAAGUAUCGUAGAAGCAUGGCGCGCGCGCGGGGAAGAACGCCAAGGUGAAUGGAGGUGCCCUGGAUGUCAAACGAAACGAGAGCAAGUGCCGACGACGUAUCAGUGUUUCUGUCAUCGAACCUCUAAUCCUUCUCCGCCGCGUCUAUCAACACCUCACUCUUGCGCCCUCCCGUGUUCUCGCCCACGCUCCUCUGGAUGCAAGCAUCCAUGUCCAUUACCGUGUCACCCAGGCCCCUGUCCACCGUGCGCUAUAACAGUCCAAAGGUCCUGCUUUUGCGGGAAGGUCGUGCGAAAUGCCAGAUGUUCAGCCUCUGGGUCUCCUGUGCCGUCUGAAGGAUCUCAACGGGGUUCCUUUUCUUGUAAUAACACUUGCACCCAACCACUAUCAUGCAAGAACCCCAAGCAUAGAUGUGAAUUAUCUUGUCAUGCCGAUCCCUGUCCACCAUGCCCAGUGAAGGAGGAAAUCAGGUGUUGGUGCGGGAGCGAAACAAAAGUGGUCGCUUGCGGUGAACUCAGCUCAGAGGUCGCUACAGAGUGUGUAACACUGAAGCCCACGCAACAUGAUGGAAUUAGAGAAGUGGAGACAUGGGUUGGGUGGUUUGGAUGUGGUAAGGCCUGCAACCGCCCUUUCAGCUGUGGGAAACACACUUGCGCGAAACCAUGUCACCCUCCGUCGCGCACGCCCCUGCUUUGUCCAUUUGACCCCGUCUCGGUCACCCGAUGUGGGUGCGGUCGGUACGAGGUAGCUCGCCUCUCUGGCGUCGGUGAUGGAACGUCAAGCUCUGCAAGUGGUAAUACGUCCCCCGUUUUCCCCGCGCGCUCAUCGUGUACCUCUCCGCUCCCCGUUUGCUCCUCUGUAUGCUCAAAAUCUCUGCCGUGUGGCCAUUCCUGUACAGCCACCUGUCAUUGGGGGGUAUGCCCCCCAUGUACGGCAGAGGUUGGGCAACCGUGCCGAUGCGGAUCAACGAAACGACAAAUGAAAUGUAGCGAUACCCUGCUGACUGGAGAUAAAUCAACAGAGGCGGCCCGUUUUAGUGAACCUGUACCUGAAGAAAUCCUUUGCAGUCGUCCUUGUCCCGUCCAACGAUCAUGUGGCCGACAUCAGUGUGGUCGCAUCUGUUGUCCAUUAGCUUCCUUGGCAAUUGGGAAGGGAAAGAAAAAAGUACGGGGCGAUGCCGCAGUAGAUCUCGGGACCGAACCUGGCGGGCUACACGAAUGUGACAUCCCAUGUACUCGUGUUCUUGGAUGCGGGAACCACCGUUGCGAGAAGAAGGAUCAUAAAGGUCCUUGUGGGGUGUGCUUACGGAGCAUAUUUGAAGAGAUCACCUGUCCAUGCAAUCGCAUGGUCUUCGAACCGCCUAUUCCUUGUGGCACACAUCUUACUUGCACGUAUCCUUGCGUUAGAGAACGCCCGUGCGGACACCCACAAGUUCCACAUGCAUGCCAUGAAUCUACUAUCAUUGCUGGGGCGGACGCUGCUGAUGAGGGAUUACCUUCCUCUUCGGAGAGUAGUAUUGCCCGCUCGUGUCCUCCGUGUCCUUUCUUGACUAGGAAACUCUGCGCUUGCGAGAAGAAGAUGGUAGACAAUGUUCAAUGUUCUCAGGAACGCGUGAGUUGUGGAAACGUCUGUAAACGACUUUUGGCAUGUGGGUUCCACGAGUGCAAGCGCACCUGUCACGCGGACGAAUGUGGUCCUUGUACAGCGGUCUGCGGCAAAUCUCGCAAAGCUUGUCUACCGGAAUACCAUCCCUGCAUGGAAAUCUGUCAUGCUCCUGCAGCAUGCCCGGAGACAGGUCCAUGUAUCGCCGUGGUCACGCUUACCUGUCCAUGUGGAAACCUGCGAUCGACGGUUCCCUGCUCAAACAGGAAGCAAAGUCUUGCAUGUAGCGGAGAUUGUGCAAUCAAGAAGCGCAAUGAAAAACUAGCAGAAGCAUUUGGAAUCAGUAAGGAGAAACGCGAGGAAAUUGCAGCGGGCCCGAAAGUCGUCUGGAGUGAUGAGUUGGUGGACUAUGCAUGUGUUACCGCAAACGCCAAGUUCGUGCGGCUCAUGGAGGAUACUUUUGCAAAUUUUGUCAAGUCCAGCCGACGCACACAGGUGCUGCAGCACAUGCCUCCAGAACGACGCAAGUUCGUGCAGAGUCUCGCCUCCGUUUAUCGUGUGGACACUGCCGAGGUCGAUCAGGAGCCGCACCGCAGCGUACAACUCAUGCGGCGUAUCGACACGCGCAUCCCCGUACCACUCCUUUCACAGUCGGCAACGUCGGCUGCGCCCUCAAGUAAACCAGUUGACUUGCGCUCGUCCAAGGCUACUACUUCGGCUGUCAAGACUGCAAAUAUACCUCCCUUUCGUGCGGCAUCUGCCUGGAAGCUGCCAUCGUCAUCGUUGUGGAGCGCUCCUUCGUCUGGCAUUCCUUCGUCAGGGCCCCUACCUCCCCAUCCGAGCAGUCCGCCUCCACUGUCGUAUGUGACACUACAGCCACAGGUGCAACGAGAGCAAUCGGCUACGAUUGUAAGAGAAGAUGUACCCGAGGAUUGGGAAGAUGAUACCUAAGUAACAACUAGCUACACAAUCAAUUGCCGUGGAUUGCCAUAGAUCAUAUACAAGUAGUCACGCAUAGAGUUCAUGCUGUCUUGGUUAAACUGGGCGCCUGUUUCACUG